AUGGCAGCCAGCCACAGGUUCAUCACAACUCACCUCGGUCAACCCAACCACCUCCUCACCAACCCCACAUCCCUUGUCACUCACAACAUGAUCCUGGAGUGCAAACCAAUUGUGGCGACAUCCCUGCCCCCAUUCCAAACAUGCCAGGAUCUCAUCUUCAUCUUCUUUUAUGCCCAGGUACUACAUUAUAUUCUCCUAGUUGCAGAGUUGACUUCACUGGAUAAAUACAUGGACAGCUUGACAUGGGAAACACUCCAGUCACAUGCUGCGACUGUUGUCAACCGUUUCACUGAUAAUUGUACAGUUCAUCAUCUACAACAAGAACACGCAGUUCACAGCUCUCACCGAGGCAACAUGGUAUUCGAAAAUGCAAUCCUAUUUCUACGUGAUGCACUGCAUUUAAGGGAGUUCUUGGACGCCAUCAAGGCUGGUGAUUCGGGGCACGUUCUCAAUAUCCUCAAAAUCACACAUGUCUGGCCGGCAUCCCUCAUUAAGGUUGUGCUCAACAACUGGCUGGUGAAUCCAACAGGAAGCCUCAAGGUUGGCAUGAGGUGGACUUAUUGUAAGAGCACUUUAACUUCUGGAUAA